AUGGAGGCCGAGCGCUGCAUCCGCAACCCCGUCACCGGCCAGCUGCUCCGCCUCCCGUACCUCGAUGGGUCCAGGAAGAGGCCGGAGUACCGCCACAUGGGCCUCCUCACCAAAGCCGGCGACGGGGACGCGCCUCACCGGUUCGCCGUCGCCGAAAUCGUGCACCAGCGUGACCGCGUCGUCAUCGACCGGUUCCUCCCGGAGACUGGCAGGUGGGAGCUGGUGCUCGGCCUGCCGUGCCACCCGCCGCUCAAGUGGGAGAUGGAGAUGAACCAGGAGACGGUGGCCUUCCGCGACCGCCUCUUGUGGGUCGACCUCACCCGCGGCGCCAUCUCCGUCGACCCUUUCAGCCACCGCCCGGAGUUCCGCUUCGUCGAGCUGCCGGAGGGCAGCAGCCUCGCCGACUUCAGACAAGCCCCCACCGCGACCUUCUUCAUGAGGGAGAUGGGCAAGUACCGGCGCAUCGGCGUCAGCGAUGGGAGGCUGCGCUACAUCGAGGCUUCUCUUCACGCCCCGUUCCUGCUCAGCUCCUUCGUGCUUGACGACGAGGGCAGGAGCUGGACGCUGGAGCGCCAGGUGGAGCUCGGGCGGGUGUUGGAGGAUGGCGGCCACCCGUGCGAAGAGGGGAAGAGGCCGCCGCAGAUCGCCGUCAUCAACCCGCUCAACGCCGAUACCAUCUACAUCACCGUCGGCGAGCAGAAGCACAUCGUCGCCGUGGACAUUUACCAAGGCAAGGUGAUCGCGAGCUCUCCGCUUCAACACGGAUACCGUUCGCUUGUACCAUGUGUGCUUCCACCCGCGCUUGGAUCAAGCCGGAUCCCUACCUACGGCAGGAACCCUCUCCAUGACUUCAAAAUGGUCACUGGGCCAUCAUCAACGCCAUUUUAG